AUGCGUGUGAAGAUGGAAGAGCCCCAGGGAGUAUUGUCAUUGGAAUCCAAUAUCAUGUACAUUUUUCCGCAGAGGGUGGCCAUAGCUGAACAAUUUAAAGAAGCAAGUAAAUGUCUCCUCUGCCUGUCUUAUCUUGAAAAGCCCAUGCGCCUCGAUUGUGGCUUCAUCUGCUGCCUCCGAUGCAUCAGCUCACUCCGGAAGGACCCCGGUGGGGAAGGUGUCUCGUGCCCCUCCUGUUCUGUGGUCACUCAGAAGAAUGACAUCCGGCCCCAUUGCCAGCUGGGGAAGACGGUUUCCCAAAUCAAGGAACUAGAGCCCCAGCUGAGAGCAAUUCUAUACCAGAACCCAAGGAUGCUGAAGUUCCAAGUGGACAUGACCUUGGACGUUGACACAGCCAACAAUCGACUCAUCAUUUCUGAUGACCUGAGGUCUGUCCGUUGUGGACAUCUCAAACAGAAUCACAGAGAGUGUGCUGAGAGAUUCAAACAGGGAAUCUGUGUCCUGGGCUCACCUCAGUUCACCUCUGGACGCCGUUACUGGGAAGUGGAUGUGGGGACAAGCACAGAAUGGGACCUGGGUGUUUGCAAAGAAUCUGUUGAUCCAGAAGGGUCAGUUCUACUGUCUUCAGAAUCUGGCUUCUGGACUGUGGGUUUGAGAGAGGAAGAGCUCCUCGCAGCCAGCACUGUGCCUCUAACCACCCUCUCGGUGACUCCCCGGUUACACCGAGUAGGCAUUUUCCUGGAUAUGGAUGUUGGAACCAUUUUCUUUUAUAACAUUAGCGAUGGAUCCCACGUCCUUACAUUCACUAAGGUGCCUGCUGCAGAGCCACUGUGCCCGUUCUUUGCUCCUGCAAAUUCAGUUAACGAUGAUCAAGGCCUCCUGAGCAUCUGUCCCAUGAUAAAUCUGGGCACUGCCAGAUCUCCAGUUCAUCCUGAGCAAGGCAGAUAA